AGAGUCGGCCCAUAAGCAUGCGCUCCCAUUGCUUCGUAUAAUCAUCUCAUCUCCUCCUUCUCCAUAGACCCCAUCUCUUGAUAUCAUUCCUUUUCUCUCGCCUUUUUCUUUCGCUUACUCUGCUUUAUUCUAAACCCGGAGCGCCAUGCGGAGAGAUGUGCGCAUUCUGUUAGUGGGAGACGAGGGUGUCGGGAAGAGUACUAUUAUCACGUCGCUCAUCAAGGAAUCCUUUGUUCCACAUGUCCAACACGUCGUCCCGGAGGUAACAAUUCCACCAGAAGUAACACCCGAGAACGUGACCACAUACAUCGUCGACUCAGGUGCUGGUCCUUCUGACAGGCCCCACCUCGAAUCAGAAAUUCGCAAGGCCCAUGUCAUCUGUGUCGUCUACUCGAUAGACAACCCAAAUUCCUUCGAUAGAAUACCCACCUUCUGGCUGCCGCUCUUUCGUCAAUUGGGCGUGAAUGUCCCUGUCAUACUCGUCGGGAACAAGAUCGAUCUACGUGGUGGGGAAGUGACCAACGAAGCUUUGGAGGAUGAGAUUUUACCGAUUAUGAACGAGUUCAAGGAAGUGGAAACAUGCGUGGAAUGUUCAGCGCAGAUGCCCCUUAACGUCUCUGAGGUAUUCUACUUUGCCCAAAAGGCCGUCCUUCACCCUACUGCACCCCUGUACGACUCGAGAGAACAUGUCCUAAAGCCAGCUUGCUUGAAAGCUCUUCAGCGGAUAUUCCAGCUUUGUGACGCGAACAAAGAUGGUGUUUUGGAUGCAUUUGAAUUGAACGAGUUUCAGCGAAAGUGUUUUGACGCACCGCUUCAACUGCAAGAGCUUGAAGGCAUCAAGGACAUGGUUCGGGAGCACUUGCCAGACGGAGUACGAGAUAAUGGGCUGACUGAGCCCGGUUUCUUGUACCUUCAUACGUUGUUCAUUCAACGAGGGCGGCUAGAAACGACAUGGACAGUCCUCCGCAAGUUUGGGUAUGCGGAAGAUCUUAGGCUGACUGAGUCCUUCUUGUUACCAAAGUUUGAGGUGCCUUACGAUUGUUCAGUUGAGCUCAGCCCCAAGGGCUACCAGUUUUUCACGGAUAUCUUCGAGACUUUCGACAAGGAUAAAGAUGGCGCGCUGAAGGCAUCGGAACUUGAUGCGUUAUUCGGUACUUCACCGGGGAAUCCUUGGGCUGGCCAAAGGUUCCCUGAGUCUACACUUGUUGAUGAGACAGGAGCUGUCACCUUACAAGGGUGGUUAGCGCAGUGGAGUAUGACGACACUGCUGGACCACAAAACCACCCUUUCCUAUCUAGCUUAUUUAGGCUUCCCCGAAGAGCCUCGGACGAUUGCUUUGACGACGACGCGACCAAGGAAGACUGAUCGGAGGAAGGGCAAAGUCACUCGAAACGUCUUUCUUUGUUACGUUUGUGGCGCCGCUGGUUCUGGAAAAACUUCUCUACUUCGUGCCUUCGCUGGCAAACCAUAUCGGGAGACGUAUGAGCCCACGAGCAAAAUGCUUAGCGUUGUCAAUGCGGUUGACAUUGAUGGUUCAGAAAAGUAUCUAGUGCUUCAGGAGUUUGGCUCGAAAUACGAGGCGGAGACGCUACGAAAUUCCAAGAAGACAGAUCUCGCCGACGUCAUUAUCUAUGUUUACGAUUCGAGCGAUACAAAUUCAUUUUCUUACAUUAGUAAUUUGCGGCAACAAUAUAGUCUAGAUCACAUACCAACUCUAUUCGUGGCCACGAAGUCAGAUCUGGAUUUGGCCCAGCAGAGACAUGAGGUCCAACCAGACGUAUAUUGCAGACGACUAGGCUUACAACUGCCUGUGUCUGUCAGUGUGGAACAGGGCCAGCUGGCCGACGUUUUCCACGCCAUCUGCAGCAUUGCUAUGAAUCCACACGCAGCGAUACCCGGUGGCGACCGAUCGUUGACCUCAACGGAGAGACUACGGAUGUAUAUCACUCUUACGGCUCUGCUUGGUGGAGCUAGUACGGGUGUCAUCAUGUUCUGGCGAACAUUCUUGCGACCUGGAGGGGCGUGGCAUGCAUGGACAACUCCAUGGGCUUCUUGGCUAUUCGGUAGACGGGACUCGUGAUUCACUCUCUACUCUUAUCGCUCUCUAGUAGACUUUGAUAUUUAGUUGGCUUUCUGGUAUACCUACUACGCAUCCUUUGGAUGGACGUGGGCUGCUGUCCUCUGCAUGGCUGCGAGGACAGACAGGAGAGAGAAUAGGACGGUUGGGAGGAGGUAGCGUGGGAGAUCCGGGGUCCGACUGGUAAAGAUCCGACGAUGCCUGCAGGCCGUCGCCUGUACUCUGUAUAAGUCAAGCAGUUCAGAAC